GCGAAAUCUCUGAUAUCCUGUUCCUCUGCAUGCAACUUACCCUCAUACGCAUGACGCCAUAGUAAGUGCGAGGAAGUGGAUACACGUUUCGUGUCGAAAGGACUUAAAAAAUGCGUUACGUGGCCGCUUACCUGCUUGCCGCCCUUGGUGGGAAAGAAAAUCCAACUUCUGCAGAUAUUGAAAAGAUUCUCAGUUCUGUCGGCAUCGAAGCUGAUAGUGAGAGACUGAAGAAAGUUAUCAGUGAAUUGAAUGGGAAGAACAUUGAAAGUCUGAUAGCAGCAGGUCGUGAGAAGUUGGCAUCGAUGCCAGUUGGUGGUGCUGCUGCGGCUGGAGGUGGCGGAGCUGCUGCAGCUGCUGCUCCAGAGAAGGAGGAGAAGAAACCUGAAAAGAAAGAAGAGUCUGAAUCUGAUGAUGAUGACAUGGGCUUUGGAUUAUUUGACUAAGUUCGGAAACUGAACAGGGAAAGAGAAGAAACAGGAAGAAUGUGAAUUGGAAUGGACUUAAGUCUUUGACUAAGUUUGUAACUUUAUGCAUACCUGAAUGUGUAAUUGCUAUGUAAAGUUGAAUUGAUAAUAAAUAUUUUACAUAAA